AUGGACCCAAUGAUAUCUGGUGUGCUUGAUAUUCUCCAACAGAAUCAUCAUCAAACAGAACCAUUUAAUGAUUCCAAUCAUCCGAUUCAUCUUUACAUGUUCCUUACAAGGAAUGUCAUUGAAUAUUUGGGAGAAUGUUUAAUUAAUUUCAUGGAUCUGUACUUUGAAUUCAUUAUUCAAUUAUUCAUUUGUGGAAAUGUUAGUAGGGGGGAAUUAUUGGCCAAUCAACUACUAGAGGACAUGGAACAAAUUUCCGAAGAGAGCUUCAUCUUGUUGGAAAACAUGUUGAAUGAAAUUUACAUAUUUGGUAUCGAUUUUCAGGAUGAAUUUAUAACAAGCAAGCAAAAACUGUCCAAAUUAAUCAAUUUAAUAUUUGGAGUGAUUUAUUUCAAUAAGGGUAACGAGACCAAAUACCUGCAAUAUAUGGAACGUGUAUAUUCUGACGAAAUAAUCGAAAGGAAAAUACUGAGAGUGAUCUUCUUGAAUAGAAUAGGAGAUUUUGAGAAGGCCUAUGAAGUAGUGAAAGGCCUGAUUCAUUUCCAUGAUUUUUACAAAUACCUUGAUGAAUAUUGCAAGACCAUGAUAGGACUGAAUAGAACCGAAGAGCUCUUCCAAGACCUAGAACCGAUAGUGAGUGUCAAGAUUCAAGAAAGUGAUGCUAGAACUUUUGUACAGGAGAAUUUUGGAGUAAUUUAUUGCCUCUACCUUUCUGCCAGCUUAUCAGGUAGGCUUAAUGAAUUGGAGCAUUUGAACAAAUAUAAUGUAGAAUAUGCAGCUUGCUUUAGUAACAAGCUUAAAAUUCUCAAAUGCUACGCGAAAUUCCAAAUAAGCAUGUCAUAUGGAUUUUUAGAGCAAAUGAAUCGAUCCUCAUUCGUUCUACUUAAUAGUUAUUGCUUGUCAAUGUUUGAUUCCAACAAUCAGUUCAUGCAGCAAAGUAAGGAACAUACAAAAGUUAUUCAUGGAGAUCAAUUGAAACUUUUCGUUAACAUGUACUCUACAACAAGUUUCCGAUUCCAAGUUGAUUUUGAUUUUUCCAAAUUGAUUUCUAAUGAAGCAAUUCUAACUGAAUUCAAAUAUUCCUACAAUCCAAAAAAUCUUUCUCUGCUCUAUGACCCAGAGAACAGUCCAGAGAGGGAAAUAUAUAGCGAUAAUACCACCAAAGUAUUUGCCAAUCUUGAUAGUGUUUAUAUUUGUAAACCUGAUGAUUGUUGGGCAAAAGAAAUGCCUACUGAAUAUGGAUCACAAAUCAUCUGCUACAAGAACCAUUUACUACUCAAGAAGGACUUUUCCAUAAAGUCAGUAUCAUUCAAUAAUGGAAAGGAAAAGAAGCUUAAAUUAUCUAACUGUAGAUCACUUGAUGUGAAAUAUGAUACAGAGAAUUGGAUUUCCUUUUUAUUUAAUAGAGAAGAUGAGAAUUUAAUAGCUCUUGGACAGGACUGUGGGCCGAGUAUUAUAGCUUCUUCCCUGCACGGUGUAGAUAUUGUGAGUUUUGAGGAAAUUGAGGAUGGCAUUGCAUGUUAUUUAGCGAUUGAAAGAUUACCAUCACGAACAUCUAAUAUAUGUAAAUACUACAUCAGUGUUGAAAAUGGGCAUUUACAUCAAAGAAAGGUAUUAUUUUCAGAUGAUAAUCACUUCUCGAUUGAUUUUUAUCACGAGAAGGAGAAAAUUAUUGGCUAUUCCUGCCCUGAACAUUUACAAUUUUACAAUGUCAACACAAAUAAGUUGCUCUAUCAAACGACUGUAAAAUCAUUAUAUUUACUUGACCAAUUUCAAGACAUGAUUCUAAUUGCAAGCGAUGUGGAAAAAAGAUUAAUGGUAUUUAAUCUGAGUAAGGAUUCAGUUAAGGUACUUGUAGAUUUAUCCUACAAGAAUAGCCCUUCAAUUGUGCUAGGAAGAUUUUGUGGAUCUCGUUCGUUCAUUAUUGAAAGAGAAGACACCACCCUCUAUGAGUACUCUUUAUCCAAUGGUGAAUGUCUUGCUGUUUAUCCCUUCAAGAUUAAUUUUACAACAUCUGUGGAAUAUUUCGAGCAUUCCCCUUCACAAAAGAGAUUUCUUCUCGUAUUGGAACUUGAUUGCAUUCAUCUCAUUGAAUUGUCAUCAAUUUAA